CAAAAAUGCCACCAAGACGUGCUCAACCUCAGUAUGAGCUAUGACCAAGGAAGAGGGGUCGGGAUGCCAGAGCUACCCCUCAUGUGCCAGUAGGGGAUGAGGCAAGAAGGGAGACUGCAGCUAGCUGUACAUGCAUCCGCCUUUGCAGCAGCAUUACUUGUGCCGCCACUUGCACCACCGGUGAUCACAACACAAUAUGUGGCAGCCAUUGUAACAAAAAUGAUGCAAGGGAUACAAGAAGGGCUGCAGCGAACCAUACAACAAAAUAUGUAGCAACAAAGGGCAAUGGUUGAAGAAUUGGUCACUGCCAUACGUGCCAGGGAAUCAGCAGCAAACCAUGUAUCUAUGGCACCACCCCCACCAGCCCUUACAGCUCCUACUCCUAACCCUUUGUUUGCAUUUGGAGUUCCAACCAUUGGUCAGGCUAUUAGUGGACAAACAUCCCAAGCACCACCAGCUAUGGGAACACUUACAGGGCAACAGACUCCAGGAACCCCUCCAGUAGAAAAAGUAUGGACUGAUACCAGCAAGUUGAUGGAAAAGUUUUAGAAGUAUCGGCCUCCGUAUUUCAGUGGGGUGACACAUGAUCCAUUGGCUCCUGCCAAAUAGAUAGAAGGAGUAGAGAAAGCUUUCUCAGUUCUGGGCUGUAAUGAUGAGCAGAAGAUCUUGUGUGCUACAUACCAGUUGUAGAAUGAAGCUUAUGCAUGGUGGAAGGCUACCAGACCCAUAUUGUUAGCCACAUAUCCACACCCCACUUGGGACCAGUUUGUAGAAGUCUUCUAUGGGAAUUACUUUCCCAUAAGUGUGCGAGAUAGGAAGGAAUCUGAAUUCAUGGCACUGGUACAAGGUCCCAAGUCAGUAUUAGAGUAUCAGCAACAGUUUGAGGCAUUGUACUACUUUGCACCUAAGCAUAUGAAGAAUGACAGGGCAAAAGCUAAGAAGUUCGAAAAGGGGCUGAGAUCUAGUAUUGGGGUAGUACUGAUUGCACACCGGCUCCAGACAUAUGCUGAAGUGGUUCAGAUUGUCAAAUCCAUUGAAGAUAAGCAGAAAGGGCUAUCAGAUUCAGGUAGUGAGGAAAGCCCAGGCAACGGGACCUGGAAGGCAGUUUGAGAAGUUUGUGAAGGGAGCUACAUCUACUACUAUUGUGCCUAGGAAGAAUGACUCAGGUCAAGCAUCUACCCAUUCUUGGCCAGCAACCACCACUACCCAGCCUCUAUCCAUGAGGUACUAUGUGUGCCAACAGCCAGGACACUUGGCCAGAUCUUGUCCCUAGAGGAAGCCAGGAGAGCCUAAUGUGACUUCUUCAUCUACAUCCAUCAAGAAGCCAUAAGUAGCUGGGAAGGAGUUUGCAUUGUCAGCUGAGGAAGCUGAGACUGCCCUUGGAGUUGUAACAGGUGCAACUGGGCAGCGGUUUAUUGUAAUUGCACAGCAUGGUAGAUCUACAAAUUAUCAUUCUUAUUGUGACAGCUUUGGGCAUUCUAUCUAUUAUAUAGAGAAGUGGAGCCAUGCUUUAUGAAGUUGGCACUGUAAUCAAGUUGAAUAUUGCUUGGCCUUUUAUCAUCAAAUGUUUCUCACUUUACUAUGAACUAUCAUCAAACCAUUUGUGACUGUCGGCCUACCCAGACUUGACUUUUAGUUCAGCCAAUUCACCAUUCCGAUCUACUUAGUAGAUAAUAGAUAAUCACACCUUGGAUUCAUUUCGUCUUUCCUUUCCAUCCAAGAAUGAAGACCUUGUAAAACAUUUAGCAUUUAGUAUACAAGUAUAGAAAAGAAGAAAAUGAAUGAGGAUUUCAAUUUCAACAUCCAUUCUGAACCCAGUUCCAUCAAUCUUCUUGAAACAGUGGUUCUCAACCAACCCCAACCUUAUAACCUUAUUCAACAAAUAUGUCGACAAAACCAACGUGUCAUCCUGGAACUCAGUGAUAGCCGAGUUAGCCCGGAGCGGCGACUCUAUCGAAGCUCUCCUAGCAUUCUCAUCCAUGCGAAAGCUCUCCCUAAAACCAGAUCGUUCGACCUUUCCUUGCACCAUUAAAUCUUGCUCUGCCCUUUUCGACCUAACUUCAGGUAAGCAGACCCACCAACAGGCUAUUGUAUUUGGUUUUGAACCUGAUUUGUUUGUGUCUUCUGCUCUCAUUGAUAUGUAUUCAAAAUGCGGGGAAUUAGGCAAUGCAAGGAAACUGUUCAAUGAACUUCCUAGGAGAAAUGUAGUCUCUUGGACGUCAAUGAUUACUGGGUACAUACAAAACGAAGAUGCCCAUGAAGCAUUGUCACUUUUUAAGGAGUUCUUGAUGGAAGAGAGUGAUGGUGGGAGAGAAAGCAAAGUUUUUAUAGAUUCGAUCGCCAUGGUUUCGGUUCUGUCAGCUUGUUCUCAUAUUUCGCAGAACAGAAUCACUUUAGCAUUUCAUGGGUUCUUGAUAAAAAGGGGAUUUGAGGGAGAUUUGGGUGUUGUGAAUACUUUGUUGGAUGCGUAUGCCAAGUGUGGAGAUCUAACUAUUGCUAGGAAGAUAUUUGAUGAGAUGCCUAAGAGAGACAUAGUUUCAUGGAACUCAGUGAUCGCAGUUUAUGCUCAGAAUGGGCUGUCAAUGGAGGCGCUUAAUGUGUUUUAUGGAAUGUUGAAGGAUGGGGAUCUCAAUUAUGAUGCUGUAACUCUCUCAGCUGUAUUAUUGGCAUGUGCGCAUUCAGGGGCAUUGCAGUUAGGAAAGUGUAUACACGAUCAGGUGAUAAAGAUGAGUUUGGAGGACAAUGUGUUUGUCGGUACUUCAAUCAUUGACAUGUACAGCAAAUGUGGGAGAGUAGGGAUGGCAAGGAGAGCAUUUGAUCGCAUGAAGGAGAAGAAUGUGAAGUCAUGGACUGCCAUGGUUGCUGGUUAUGGCAUGCAUGGUCAUGCCAAAGAAUCACUUGAAGUCUUCUAUGAGAUGCAAAGGGCAGGGAUCAAGCCCAAUUAUAUAACAUUUGUGUCUGUUUUAGCCACUUGCAGUCAUGCCGGUUUAGUAGAAGAAGGUUGGCAUUGGUUGAAAACCAUGAAUCAAGAGUUCAAUAUUGAACCUGGUGUCGAGCACUAUGGUUGCAUGGUUGAUCUUCUUGGGAGAGCUGGUUACCUUGAUAAGGCUUACGAGUUGAUUGAAGGAAUGAAAGUGAAACCUGACUGUGUGGUCUGGGGUGCUCUUCUUGGCGCAUGUAGGAUUCACAAAAAUGUGAAGCUUGGAGAGAUCUCUGCAAGAAAGUUGUUUGAGCUAGACCCAGAUAAUUGUGGGUAUUAUGUCCUACUUUCCAACUUAUAUGCUGAUACUGGAAGGUGGGAAGAUGUGGAGAGGAUGAGGAUCUUUAUGAAGAACCAUAGACUGAUUAAACCGCCUGGAUUUAGUUUGGUGGAAGCGAAGGGUAGAGUCCAUGUAUUUCUAGUUGGUGAUAAGGAGCAUCCUAAAUCUGAAGAGAUUUGUGGAUAUCUGGAGAGAUUAUCAGUGAAGAUGAAAGAAGUUGGCUAUGUACCUGAUACCACAUCUGUUCUCCAUGAUGUUGACCAGGAAGAGAAGGAAACAAUCCUGCAAGUCCAUAGUGAGAAACUGGCUGUUGCCUUUGGGAUCAUGAACACAAUUCCUGGGGCAACAAUCCAGGUUAUUAAGAAUCUUAGGAUGUGCAGUGAUUGUCAUGCUGCGAUUGCUUCGAUAGCCAAGAUUGUCAAUCGAGAGAUUGUGGUUAGAGACUCGUACCGGUUUCACCAUUUUAGAGAUGGGCAAUGCUCUUGUGGGGAUUAUUGGUGAUGUUUAAAUCAAAAGAAGCAAGUUGAUUUUAAAGUUAAGGACAAGCUGAUUUUAAAGUUAAGGACUCCAUAAGGGGAUGGAAUUUAAGUUGAUGAAGACCAUGUCAGAGCUGGAAAAUAAAAUUAGAAGCUGUUCUUAUCAUUAAAAUAGGGGCUAUAUGUUUUUGUUGAGAUUGGUUGAAUGAGAAGAAAGAUUAAGAUAAUUUUACAACUAUAAAACUUUUGAACCGAAAUAGAUGCUUUCAUCAUUCAUGGAGGCACCCAGACAGCAAUUGUGAAAAAAAAUAAAUAAAGGGAAAUUUACUGUGCCA